UUCAUAAAAAAUUUAAAUUCAUUUUAAAUAAUAUCUCGACAAAAAAAAUUAAAUAAUAAAAAUUCAAAAUUUAAAGAUGUCAGGCUAUAUAUCAAAAACUCUUAGACCAAUCAACCACUUUCCGAUUUUAAGAACUUUGGUGUUUAAGCGCUUUGCAUCAGGUGGAAAGUGUGCUACUCACGAUGAUCCUAAAUGCUCAAAGCAAACACUUGAAAAACAGAAACCUUGCCCUUCAAAAAUUCGUCGGUUGGAAGCAAAAGAAGAAUUGCCUAAAACAAAUUCCAUGUGGGAGAAUCCCGAAUGCUGUAAAGAUCCUUGCCCGGAUUAUUAUCCAAGGUUUGAUGAACUGUAUUACGAAAGCACUGACAAACUGAAGCGAAAAUAUCAGCAAACUUGGGUUUCUUGUCCGGAACUGCAAAUUAGACCGAAAAAAAUUUGCAAUCAUGAAAAUCUAAAAUUUCCACCAAUGGAGAAGAGAUCUCGUAAGAAAAGACCGCAGACAGCAUGUCCUGUAGGUGGAUCUAGAAUUUGUAUGGACAAUAAAAGCCGAAAGUGUCCAAGGGUCAUGCUAUCUGGUUGUCGCGGGGCUCGUCAGCCACCCAAAUGUAAAAGAGAACGUUCGCCUAGUGAUUGUUUAAAAGAGUGUACGCCCUACCCAAGCUAUUCGGAAUGCUUACGAAAAGAAGCGGAUCCUCUCCAUCCUAUUGAAUGUAAAUGCUUGAACCAUCCAAGCAUGUGUGAAGUGUGGGCUGAAAUGAGACGUCGAAUGACGUUUGUAAAAGGUUGACAAAUUAAUGUUUUAAAAAUUAUAUUGUAAUUAAUCAAUUGUUAGAGGUAAAAUUUUUAUUCAUUCAUAACAAAGCUAUAAGAAAUUUUAAUAAAAAAACUAGAGCAAUGUA